UCCGCCCCUGGACGGAGAUCCCAGUGAAUUCAUCUCCGACACAGAACUUCUGGGAAACAUGCCGGAGGAAGAGUACUACACUUCGCAAGUUGUACGUAACAGAAAAUCCUACUUCGAAACACCCAAGGAGAAGCUCUUCACUCAGAGUUUUCUUCCCUUAGAAGGUGAAAUCAAAGGCACUGUGUACUGUACAGGGGCGGACGAACAUGUACGUCUACGGUAUCACGUGCCCCCUACUAAUUUUUGUUUUUUCUUGUAUAAUCUAUGUAAAUUUUACUGAAAUGUUCUUAUUUGAGUGAAUAAUUAUGAGAAGUGCCCCCGGUUAAACAAAGUUUUGGUUGUUUUUAGUAGUGUGCCUCCGAUUGAAAUUGUUUCUGGAUCCGCCCCUGGGUGUACAUGUAUCACGGCUACGGUUCCAACACGAGCUGGAUGUUUCAGAAGAUCUGCAUGAGCUUCUCCACUUGGGGUUACGCCGUUUUCGCCGCCAAUCUUCUCGGUCACGGCCGCUCCAACGGAAUCCGCUGCUACAUGGGUGAUAUGAAGAAAGUUGCAGCAACAUCGUUGUCUUUCUUUAAGCAUGUUCGUUGCAGUGAUCCGUAUAUACAUCUCCCUGCUUUUCUCUUUGGUGAGUCCAUGGGGGUCUUGCUAAACUUCUCAUGUACUUUCAGUCUGAGCCUGAUACUUGGCUCCUCUAUUUGUUAUCCCGGUUUGAUAUUCUCGGCUCCUCUAUUUGUUAUCCCGGAGGAUAUGAAACCGAGCAAGCCUCACCUUUUUGCAUACGGUCUCCUCUUUGGCUUGGCUGAUACUUGGACUGCAAUGCCGGAUAAUAAAAUGGUUGGCAAGGCAAUCCAUUACACAGAAAGGCUCAAAAUCAUUGCAUCUAACCCGCAAAGAUACACCGGGAAGCCUAGAGUGAGAACAAUGAGGGAGAUACUAAGGAAGACCCAAUACGUGCAAGAGAAUUUUGGGAGAGUGAUUAUUCCGCUAAUGACGGUGCACGGGACAUAUGAUGGAGUAACAUGCCCUUCAUCGUCAACGCUACUAUACGAAAAGGCAUCGAGCGCUGAUAAAACAUUGAAGCUUUAUGAUGGGAUGUACCAUUCCCUGAUUCAAGGAGAGCCUGACGAGAAUGCUGCGAUCGUGUUUAAGGAUAUGAGAGAGUGGAUCGAUGAAAAGGUAAAGAGAUAUUGAUCUAAGUAAACCCGCUUGAAACCUACAUUUGUGAAGAGAAGUGUACAUUGAUAUCAUGAUCUAUGCUUAUGUUUGUUUGUAUUUCGUCCAAGAACAUGACUUUGUGAACACAUUGGCUAACUACAGAUGUAUUAUCAUUAAAAAAUGUCUUUGGUCACAACAAGUAAAAAGCUACAAACCUUGUAACUGAACGCCCCAAAGACAGUGAUGAAACUAAUACAUGUGUAAAGGAUCAGUUUUGGCAUUUCCUUUGGAGUUUUGCCGUUUGAGUCAUGAUGAGAUGACGAAAAAGCCUUUGGACCGUUUUCCAUCAUCGCUCAUCAACAGCAUAGCUCUCAUAAACUUCUAUGCAGCCAAGAAAAAGCCGGGACGCCAAGUCGACUCUCAAAGCGUAUUGUGGAAUCUAAAAAGCAUCUAUACAAAGAAAGAUUGAUGACCAAUGCGAUAAUAUUUUACAAAUCUGAAUCCCGUUGAUCAAAAUGAUAAUGUUUAAAAAAUUGGAAUGUUAUCUGAUUAGUUCUCUACAUACAAAGUUUCAUUUAGUAUAAUCAGUUCAGAUUUUUAAAAUUUUAUUUGAACCAAUCAAACUGUUCUCUAAGUAUAUUACAACAAUAAGAGUGCGAAAUUACCGUUUUUCUACAUUACAAGGAUUUAAAAAAAAAGUGUCGCCAGGGACCAUAGAUAUAUAGUGAGACCUAAAAUGAUGAUAAAUGUUAUUUAAAGAAUCAAGUGGUCUUCAAAACCUAACAUAAGAACACAUAGAGAGACAUCUAAAACAGGACAAGUUUCUAAAAGGAGAAACAAUGGUUAGCUUGGAAACCACUCUUGCUCUUCAUCUGCCGGUCAUCGAUUUCGCAAGUCCAAACCUAAAACCAAGAACUAUUGAAUGGGACUCGGUGAGAGGCGAUGUUCGAAGAGCUCUAGAAGAGUAUGGAUGCUUUGAGGCCUCAUUCUAUAACUUCCCAGUCAAACAUCGAAAGGAUGUUUCUAAGGAGGUUUUCCAGCUACUUUUAGAGACCAAACAGAGAGUUGUGUCAAAGAGAAAAUAGAGAGGAUGUGUGUGU